GUGGAGCGUGUGGGGCUGCCACACAGCUUCAUCUGCCACCGGAGCAAGGCGGAGAUGGCGACUGCAGCUCGGCUCCUGGGGCGGCGGGUGGCGAGCUGGAGGCUGCAGCCGCCGCGGCCGCCCCUCGCCGGCGUCGUUUCCCAGCGGGCCCACUCGCUGUUGCCCGUGGACGAUGCGGUCAACGGGCUAAGCGAGGAGCAGAAGCAGCUUCGUCAGACCAUGGCUAGGUUCCUUCAGGAGCACCUAGCCCCCCAGGCCCACGAGAUUGAUCACAGCAACGAGUUCAAGAACCUUCGAGAGUUUUGGAAGCAGCUGGGGAACCUGGGAGUCUUGGGCAUCACAGCCCCUGUUCAGUAUGGCGGCUCUGGCUUGGGCUACCUGGAGCAUGUGUUGGUGAUGGAGGAGAUAUCCCGAGCCUCUGGAGCAGUGGGACUCAGUUAUGGUGCCCACUCGAACCUCUGCCUCAACCAAAUUGUGCGCAAUGGAAAUGAGGCCCAGAAGGAGAAGUACCUCCCCAAGCUGAUCAGCGGUGAACACAUCGGAGCCCUGGCCAUGAGUGAGCCCAAUGCCGGCUCUGAUGUUGUCUCCAUGAAGCUAAAAGCAGAAAAAAAAGGAGAUCACUACAUCCUGAAUGGCAACAAGUUCUGGAUCACCAAUGGCCCCGAUGCUGACAUCCUUAUUGUCUAUGCCAAGACAGAUCUGGCUGCUGUGCCACCUUCUCGGGGCAUCACGGCCUUCAUCGUUGAGAAGGAUAUGCCCGGCUUCAGCACCUCCAAGAAGCUGGACAAGCUGGGGAUGCGAGGCUCUAACACCUGUGAGCUGAUCUUUGAGGACUGCAAGGUUCCUGCUACCAACAUCCUGGGCCAUCCAAGUAAGGGCGUCUACGUGCUGAUGAGUGGGUUGGACCUGGAACGGCUAGUGCUGGCUGGUGGGCCCCUCGGGCUCAUGCAGGCCGUCCUCGACCACAGCAUUCCCUACCUGCACACGAGGGAAGCCUUUGGCCAGAAGAUUGGCCACUUCCAACUGAUGCAGGGGAAGAUGGCUGACAUGUACACGCGCCUCAUGGCAUGUCGGCAGUACGUCUACAACGUCGCCAAAGCCUGUGAUGAGGGCCACUGCACCUCCAAGGACUGCGCGGGGGUGAUUCUUUACUCAGCCGAGUGCGCCACACAGGUCGCCCUGGACGGCAUUCAGUGUUUCGGUGCCAAUGGCUACAUCAAUGACUUUCCCAUGGGCCGCUUUCUGCGAGAUGCCAAACUGUAUGAGAUUGGGGCCGGGACCAGUGAGGUGAGGAGGCUGGUCAUCGGCAGAGCCUUCAACACAGACUUCCGCUAACCCCAAGACCCUUCAGCCACUUUUCCCAGCACCUAGAGGCCUUUCUUUGGAAGUAGGGAUGUGGCAGUUCUCCUCCCCUGCCCGAGGCUGGCCCGGCUGCUCAGCUGCCUUUUUUUUUUGUUUGGAAGAUCUGCCCUGAGCUAACAUCUGUUGCCAAUCUUCGUCUUUUUACUUGAGGAGGAUUGUCGCUGAGCUAACGUCUGUGCCAGUUCUCCUCUGCUUGGUAU